CGGGUAACAACACCGGGGCGCCGCUGGCUGCUCCCUUCACUCCCCCGCCAUGUUCUCCUAGCAGCGGAUCCCAUCGCGCCACCAUCUCAGCCCACAAAGCCCGGGCAAAGACAACACUCCCCAGCGACCCGACCCCGCUCGUCCCCCGCCGCCCGGGCUCGACCCUUCUCCCCCGCUUUUACAGCUCUGGGUCCCCACGUCCCGCCAUGGUCACCACCACAGCGCCGCCGCCCUUCCUGGCUCGGAUCUCGGCAGGCACCGAAGACCCCCGGCGGCUGCCCUCCUCCGCUCUCCUCCAGCGCCUCAGGCGAGGGGACAGCAACUGUGAGAACCAACCCAGCUGCUGCCUGGCGGGCCCGGGGGGCAGCGCCCGGCCCGCGCUGAAGAGAGUCCGGCGGAGGAAGGGAAAGAUCCGGCCCAGCCCCGCGGGGCUCCUGCCCAGCCGCUACCAGGGGUGUACAAGACGUGGGGUAGCCCGGAGGGAGGCUAAUUACCCGCCCAGCCGUAAUUACCCCCUCCCUUUCCCCGGGGUGAGGCGGGCGGGCCAGCCAUUGGAGUGGUUCCCCCCCGCCUGUGCGCUGCUGGAGGCCCCUCCUGAGGAGAAGAGGGGGGGGCGGUGUGUUGACGCCAAUUCUUUUGUCUCUUGGCAGUUCUUAAAGAACAAGAUGGGAAAGACUGAGAAGGCUGCCGUCCCUUACGGCCAGCCCGUUCACGGUUUCCAUCUGUGUGAACAACCAAAGAUAAACAGGCAGAAGAGUAAAUGCAACGCGCCCCUGACCAAGAUCACCUCGGCCAAAAACAUCGAGAACUUUUGGCAAGGUUCCGUAUCGCCGGAAAUUAUUCAGAAGCAGGAGAAAAAGCCACUUAAAAACACAGAGAACUUCAGAAACGCCAAGUCCAAGAAACCUAUCACCCUAACCGAAGCGAACCAAAAAGAAAAUUACGCUGGGGCAAAAUUUAGUGACCCGCCAUCUCCUAGUGUCCUUCCAAAGCCUCCCAGCCACUGGGUGGGUGGCACAGCUGAACCGUCUGACCAAAACAGGGAGUUGAUGGCGGUCCAUUUGAAAACUCUCCUAAAAGUUCAAGCGUAGUUUCCAAGAUCUCUUUGAGGAAUUGGCAAAACUCCACAUCCAGGAAACUUCGAAACAUGCCUUGUUGCAACAAAAAAAAUUGCAAAAGACUUGUCAAGUCUUAUAAUCACAUUAAAAAAAAAAAUAAUCCUUGUAUUAUAUUUUUUAUGGUUGUGUAAAUAGUGUACAUCAUGUAUUAUGUGUAUAUUCUUGUUCAUACUUUGAGAGGUACAUUUUAGUUUUGUUAUGAAAGGAUGUAUUUUGCACUGCCUGAAUGGUAGAUGUCUUGUAUAUAAAAUAUGGACAAUUUUAAGUGUGUGCUUGACACAUGAAGACUUGACUUGAUUUGCACAAGGUAAUGAAAACUUCGAAAGGAGAGUACAGCUUUCUGAUUUUAAAGUUCCAGAUCAAAUGUGAAUGUUUUAUUCAUGCACUACUGACAAUAGUUUUACAUUCUGUGUCCCAGUCCAGUACAAACAUGGAAUUUUUCAUACAAAUGUGAAGUUUUGCUCUCUGCUCUGGAAAACAGUAUCUGGAAUUCCUGUUCAUCUGUUUGUUUUUAAAAUUAACUGGAAUUUGAGAAAAAUUCCAACCCAUCAAUUGGAGCACUGCUGAUUUCUUUAAAAAAAAAAAAAAACAAAGAAAAAAAAAAAAGAAAAGAGCAGAGCUUUCUGCCAACAAUUUUAAUUGGUCACUAAAAAAUUAAAUAAAACAAUUUGGCCUCCCCUUAA